AUGUUAAAUUCAAAAUUUACUGUGAAAAGAGAACCAUUAAAGGAAAGGUUUCUUUAAAUAACAAACAAAUUAAAUAAUCUUGAUAUUAAACAGGGGACAAGUAAAGCUCAUCGAAUUGAUAAGCUAAAUGAGAGAAGCUACAAAAUAGAUGAAAGAAUCAGAGCAAUCAAAGAAAAUUACAAUAAAUAAGUUUUAUAGUUAAAAGAACAAGCCUAAGAGCUCUCUGAUUAAAUUGAUUAGGAAAGACAAGAAUUCAAAUAAUAGCAUAAUUAGUAUUCUCAAAAAUUAUCUAAUUUGGAGAAGUCCUCAUAUAAACAAUUAUAAAUUGAAUAAAGUGAAAGGGUAGAUGGAAUUAAUUAAUUGUAAUCUUACAUAAAUGAAAAGAUUACAUUCAUUAAAUCAGAUUUAACAAUUGAAUCAAAGUUAAGAGAAGAACAAAUUGAUGAACUCUAAAGAGGAUUGGAAAAUCAAUUACCUAAGAUUAAUUAAUAAAUCAAAAGUGAAACAGAAGAUAGAGAAAUAUUUGAUAAGCAGAUUUUGAAAAAAAGUAGUGUUGAAAUGAAUAAAUUGUCUAAUUAGUUAACUGAUAUUUCAAGAUAGACCUUAGAAUAAGAAAAUGAAAUAAUUGGAAUGUUAUAAGACUUAAUUAUAAGAACUAAAGGAGAUUUAAAAUAAUUGUCUGAAGAAAGACAGGAGAAAGAAGAAGAAAUAGUUAAUUUAAUUGAAAAAACUUGUGAUAGAAUGGUUUAAGCAUCAUUAAUUUGA